CCCGGCCAGACUCUCAGGCAGACCAGCAUCGCCCCCGAUGGCGAGUUAUUUCCCUCCCAAUGGAGUCAUCUCCAAUCAUGCUUCCACUCGGACCUCGCCGGCAUCCUCCCCGCUUUCGCCGCCAAUCCACCAGCGAUCGAACGCCUUGUCCAACCGACUGACAAGUGUACUUUCGGCCUCGUAUGCGGACUCGGACAUUCGCGAUGCGCUGGAGACCCUCAGCCUGAGAGGCAUCCAUAAUACGGCAGAGGUUCGAAGGCAACUGCGCUUGGACGUUCAGAAAGAAGUGGUCGAUAGCAAUGCUGAGAUCGUGCGAGACUUUGGCAUGGUUGCGGAGCAAUUGAAACGAAUCGGAACUUUCAUCUCAAACCUGAACCAAACCUGCGAGGAAAUGCGGAAACACAUAGUAUCGGCCAGGCAGGAGACAACGCCAGUGCUUGAGGAAGCAUCGGCGCUGAUGAAGCAGAAGAAAGAGGCGGAGACCAAACAACAGCUGCUGGAGGCCUUCACUCAACAUUUCAUUGUCCCUGACGAGGAUCUGCUGAUCCUAACGUCUGCCGAAGAGCCCAUCGACGACCAUUUCUUCGAUAUUCUCGCUCGGGUGAAACAGGUGCACCGUGACUGCGAGGUGUUGCUGGGGGGCGAGAACGAGCGGUUGGGCCUGGAACUCAUGGAAAAGAGCUCCAGGAGCCUGAAUUCCGCCUACCAGAAACUCUACAGGUGGAUUCAAAAAGAGUUCCGGUCCUUGAACCUCGAGGAUCCCCGCAUCAGCAGCUCUAUCCGGCGCGUUCUGCGCGUCCUGGCCGAGCGACCUAGCUUGUUUCACAGCUGCCUGGAUUUCUUCGCAGAGGCCCGAGACUAUGUCCUCUCCGAUGCCUUCCACUAUGCCCUUACGGAUGCGGUCUCUGGUUCAGGUGGUGACCAAACUGUGAAGCCGAUCGAAUUCUCCGCCCACGACCCCCUGCGGUACGUCGGAGAUAUGCUGGCCUGGGUGCAUUCUACCACCGUUUCCGAACGGGAGGCACUGGAGGCCCUCUUUGUCGCAGACGGGGAAGAGCUUGCCAGAGGCAUCCAGGCCGGUCUGAGCAGCGAGCCCUGGUCUCGCAUCGACGAAGACAAGGAAGUCACUUUUGAUGGGCAGAGGGCCCUCAGCGACCUGGUCAACCGCGACCUUAUUGGCGUCUCUCGAGCCCUACGACAGCGAGUUGAGCUAGUCAUCCAGGGCCACGACGACCCCGUCACCUGCUACAAGGUCGUCAACCUCCUCUCCUUCUACCAGACAACCUUCUCCAAACUGCUCGGCUCCCAAUCCCACCUCGCCGAAUUGCUCGAGACUCUCGAAAAGUUCACCUUCAAACACUUCGAGACCCUCAUGCAAGAAGACGUCAAUAACCUCUCAGUCGACCACUCAGGCCUCACUCCUCCCCCGGAUCUCUCUGCGCCUCAAUUCCUCCAAGACGCCCUCGAGGUCCUCAACUCCCUCAUGAAGACCCACGAGGCCUCAUUCGGCGCUGAGCCUAUCUCCACAAACCCAGACGACGAAUCCACCGCCCCCAAGGAAAACCGAUUCACCCCAGUCCUUCGUGCAGCCCUGGAACCCUUCCUCGACCUCGCCAAAUCCUCCGCAGCGGACCUGCCCAAUCCCACCACCCAAACCAUCUACCUAACCAACAUCCACCUCACAACCCGCACAGCCAUCACCUCCUACCCCUUCGCAAGCACAACCCACCUCCCCCCACUCCAAACAGCCCUCUCCACGCUCCGCAUGGACCUCCUCGAAAUCCAACACCGCUACCUCCUCACCUCCUCCGGCCUUCAAACCCUCCUCACAGCCCUGGAACCCUUCUCCCCAUCCUCCUCCUCAGCACCACCACCAACCUCAGGAACCACAGACCCCCAACCCAACAUAGCCGACAUCACCACCCUCCCCGCCUUCCAACCCUCCGCCCUCAUCGCCAUCAGCCAACAACUCGACGAUUUCCUCCCCUCCGCGCUCAUGGACGCCACGGAUAACCUGAAGCGCGUCCAAAGCGCCACUUUCGUGAAGAGCGUGACGGAGGAAGCUGUUGAGGCUUUCUGUCGUGAUUUCGAGUUCGUAGAGGGUAUGAUUAUCGGGGCGGAUGAAGCGAGAGGUAAGGUGGAUGUUGUGAGGGGUGAAGGUGAUGAGAAGGAAGGAGAGGGAGAGGGAGGGGAAGAGGCGGGCGAGGUGGAAUGGGGGUUGAGGAAGUUGUUCCCUAGAACUACUGGGGAGAUUAGGGUUUUGUUGAGUUAGGGGGGGAGGUUGGAG